GCAUCAUCUUCCUUCCUCUUUCUUGAUGCGCUCCUCCAAAUAUUCUUUUUCUCUACUACGUUUCUCCAACAGGCAUUUGAUUCUCCUCUUUCUUUUUCAACCCUCAUUCCAUUAUAAUUUCUGCUGCUGCAUCUUUCUUUCCUCAGCCCAAUCUUCGGAAGAGCCACGUACAUGUCCCUUAUAUCCUUCGCUAAAGUCGUUCUUGUCUGAAAAAAUGGGAGGCUUGCUGAGUCACUGGAAUUCAUCAAACAAGUAUAAAAGACUGGAUCCAGAGCUUGAAUGGAAAAUAUCUGAAGCAAUUAAGCAGAGAGCUUCAUCAGGACCAAACACUUUCAGAUCAAUCAAUAGCAUAAUCUUGAGGUUCCCGCAAUUUAAACAAGGUUUGAGAAAUAUCAGGAGUGUGUUUAAAGAAUAUGACGAGGACUCAAAUGGUACCAUCGACCAUGAAGAACUGAAGAAAUGCUUACAGAAACUGCAGCUCCAUCUGACAGAAAAGGAAGUAUAUGAUCUAUACCAUUCGUGCGAUGUGGAUGGAAAUGAAGGAAUACAAUUCAAUGAAUUUGUCGUACUCCUGUGUCUUAUAUAUCUUCUAAUGGAGCCUUCCACUGCUCCUUCCACCACAUCACGGAUGGGGUUGCCACAGCUCGAGGCCACUUUCGACACGAUAGUCGAAGCAUUUCUAUUUCUUGACAAUAACAGGGAUGGCAAACUGAACAAGAACGAUAUGGUCCGGGCGCUAAACGGGGCCUCUCCUUUGGAAAAGUCGCCCAGGCAUGUUUCGAGGAGAAGAUUCAAAGAGAUGGACUGGAGAAAGAACGGGAAGGUCAGUUUCAAGGAGUUCCUCUACACAUUCAUAAAUUGGGUUGGGAUUGAUGCUGAUGACGAGAGGGAAAUCCCAGUAACUGACCAUUGAAUGUUGUGGUGAUGGGUGAGCAAUGUUGUGAGGAUUUCUGAUUAAAAUGUGAGAACUGGUGAGUUGAAUAUGUAUCUCAUGAAGUUAUGUUUUGAUUCAACUUCUUGAAAUCACUGGGUUGUAUAUUCUUAUUCUUCAAUGAAAUUGGAAUGAAGUUGCCAUCCUCAUGACUA